AUGGCCGACUGCAAGGGACAGAUUAUCAGUCUAGUACCGCCUGCUCAAAGAACUCGUUGGCAUUGCAGUGUCUGUGGCAAGAGCUUGUCGUCUAAACGAUCAUACGACGAACAUAUGAACAUUCACAACGACGCCAGGCCGUUUGCAUGCGAGCACUGCGAUUAUGCGGCAGGUCUGCGAUUCUGUGUCGUUUCUCGUAUUUGUCGAAAUAUUCGGUGCAGAUUUCCCCAGGAUGGAGUGAGGGGUCAUAUAUGUAAUAUAAAGCAUGUACCGGUCAUACCAGGCAAUGGUGCGAAUGGUGUCUUCGAGAUAAUCCUAGAUUUAUCUCAUACGCCCCAUAUUCCGUAG